ACCAACGCUUCAACCAUACGCGUAGAAACAGCUACCAGCGUUCUACCCACCCGCUCGCCUGCUUCGGGGCCAAGAAAUAAGAGAGAGGCGGGAUAGACAUGCCAUCAAGGACAAAGGGGGAGCGGAUUCAAUAGACAGCGGGAUACCUUUCCACAUAUUUUGGAAAAUCAAUGGUAGUGAUUACGAUAUUAGAUUGGUGUAGUCACAAACCCCCCUGCAUACUCACACAAAGAGCAGGGCCGGGUGGAAAUAAAUUAUAAUUUAAACAAAUUUAACGCGCAGCGUCAGCGCUGGUAUUUUAUAUAAGGGACUCGAAGGAACGCAGUAAAAAAGAACAUAGCUCAACCAACAAUAGCCAGAUUUUUGACUGAAACGCGAAUACCAGUGUGUAAGAGAAAAGGAUAAUAAUAGUGGAGUAGUUCAGGACGUGAUUUUCCAGGCUGUUCUGAUACUAAGCCAUGGUGUCUACAGUUCUUGCUGUGACACUAUCUGUCACCAUCCUCCACCUAACAACAGGUGUGAGCUUUGUGACACCUGACCAUGAGGCUACUCCCGCAGCAAGUCCUGGUCCCCAUCCAUUGGGUGAGCUGAUCCAUGCAGCCCUUCUGAGUAAGGAGUACCUGGGCCAUGCCUCAAUCAAUACAGGCACAACAACCAAACCUAUUCAGGCUGUACCACAGCUUGGGCAGACUGAGCCUGCAGCCACUGUAAUGCUACCAGGGGUGCUAACCACAGCCCUGACUUCAUCGCCCCCAGCCAGCCAAUCAGGAGCAGGAAAAACUGUAACAUCACCCACAGAGGAGGAGACGACAACCACUUUGAUCACCACCACAACCAUCACCACAGUGCAUAUGCCGGUGCAGUGCAAUGCCAGUCUCUCUGGGAUGGAGGGCAUUGUGGAGUCUCCAAAUCCUCUCUCCUCAUCCCCUUACUCUCCUCUGGAGUGCAUCUACAGCAUCACAGUGUAUCCGGGUUAUGGAGUGGAAAUUCAGCAGUGA